GCGGAAAUGAGAUCAGUAUGCUCUGCUCCCAUCGUCUCGCGAGGUGUACCUAGGUGCCCAGCCGUCCGCGCCAAAACAUUUUCCCAACAUCAGUGGUGAUGAAUUUGAACAGUUUCUCAGCCGAUUUUCGAUCAGACAGUGUUUUUAGUUCGCUGCGUUUUUCUUCUUACCGUUGAAGAAUUCGCGUUGCGGAGUUGGCAUAGUUGUGGAAAGGUGUCGUACUCUUCAUACAUGUGUUGCGACUGAGGUGCAAUUCAAAAAAAGAAUGAUAAUGAAGGAUGAAAAAAUACCUGAGAUUCUCUAUUUACAGCGGGGUGACAGUUAUUUUGAUUGUUCUUUGGACGAGGAUGGUCUUGAAGGAGAAUUUGAGCCACCAAAUUCUACUGAAAACGGCUGAAAUUUCUGCUGCCAAAGGGACUGAGUCUGAAUUUAAACCCAUGGCGGAGAAAGAUAUUCAAUACUAUUUGAGAAAGGCGAGAAGGCGAAACGAGGAACGGCAGCUGAGAGUAAAGCAAAUUUGCGAAAAAUACAAUUUAGGAAUUUACCGAGACCACAACACGUCGUCUUUGAUCAAUCAUCCAAAGACUCCUCUAUACAAGGUUUUCCUGAUAAACACGACUAGCAAAAUUUCAUGGUGUCCCGUUGAACAUGGUGCUUUCGAGACAUGGCUGUUUUACUUCGGACUACUAAGUGGUUAUACGGAACAAGAAUUAAGCUCAGCUCUUGACUUGCAGGACUUUAUCAGACAAAAACAUCCUGCCAGAGAGGCUUACGAAAUUGAAGAGGCAUUGCAAACUACAUUGAAAUUUAUGGUCGUCAGCCAUCCUUUUGAGAGAAUUCUUUCACUGUACAAGGAGAGUAAGAAAAGCGCACAACGAACAAAAAGCAAUCUCACCCAGAACCAAGUGCAAUCAAAGAGAGACCAGGCUCAUAAUAUUAACUCAAGAGACAAGGCAAUGAAGGACACACCACUUGAGAAACAUUCUACAGAAUUUGAUUUCCAGCACCAGAAGGCCUCAUUUCAAGACUUCAUAAGCUACAUUUUGGAUACCGAGUUUGAUUCUACUUUAGGGAGCAUGACCCGGUUAACUCCAUAUUACUUGCUUUGUACUCCAUGUCUCCUGAAGUACCAAAUAAUAGCUAAAUUGGAAACGAUGAUGGAGGAUCAAAUUUAUAUAGUCAAAGCAGCAGAUUUGCAGCAUGUCUCCAAAACUCCAUGGAGAAGUGCUUCUCAAGCGAAACCUUAUUCUAGUCAUACAGGUGAAGAGAGGAAAAAAUAUUUCUCACAAAUUUCAAAGACGAAUAUUUAUAGGCUGUUCGAGAAGUAUAAGCUAGAUUUCGAGUUAUUUAACUAUGACUUCGAAGUUUAUUUGGACUGGGCUAGCUAGGAAACAGGGGAAGUUUUCAUACUAGCAGCCCUAAAUUGGAGCAGUGACGAUUUACGCAGGCUCUCUGUAGUGACCAACAAUUCGCCCUGCUAAUUGCAGUACUUGAAAUUUUUUAUACUUAUUUACAUUUUUUUUUUUGGCUUUAAUAUUAUUAUUUUAUACGAAUGUGAUCAAAAUGUACUUGCGUCAAGUUGUUAUUAAAACUUUGUUACUUCAAUUUCAAA